AUGUUCACCAUACCCCUCCUCCUCGAGUUCCCCAAGAGCUACUGGAUCUGGAAGUACCGGUCUUGGCUCCUCCAGCAAGCCAUCGAUCUCCUGCCGAAGCCGAUGGCACGUCGUAUAUGGGAAGAGGAGCUUGGUCUGGUCUCCAAGAUGUUAACCAAGGAUCGCCGCAACUUCCACGCCUGGGGUUACCGCCGAACGGUAGUAUCAACCUUGGAGAGCCAGGUGCUUGAUGGAACUAGCAUGGUGGAACCCGAGUUUGAGUAUACCACCAAAAUGAUCAACGUUGAUUUGUCCAACUUUUCAGCAUGGCAUAACCGCACUAAUUUGAUACCCCGCCUGCUGGAGGAGCGCAGAGCCGACGAUAAAGCGCGGCAGAAGUUUUUGGAUGACGAAUUAAACCUCGUCCGCGAAGCAUUAAACGUCGGCCCUGAGGACCAGUCCCUCUGGUACUAUCACCAGUUCCUUAUUCUAGACCUGACCGAGUCAGACGGCCGGCCAAAGAUCGCGCCAAAUAUUCCCCAGGAGGAAAAGGCAGCAUACGUUAAGCGCGAAAUAGACGACAUCAAGGAGCUGGCCGAGGAUUACGACGACAUUGUGGGUAUUUACAAGGCGCUCCUGGACUACACCAGGGCCUUGCCCCAGAUCGAGGGGCGACAGCUUAGCGACGACGAAACAGAAGACCUUAAGACGUGGAUGGCCAAAGUGCGGCAGUUGGACCCCAUGCGCUCAGGGCGGUGGAGCGAUCUGGAAAGGGAGUGCGGGCUGGUUUAG